AUGGCUACCGAAGAACCCCAGCUGGGUUCGAUUCAGGAGCGGAUCGCCGCCCUGCGACAAUCACAGGCCACCCCGGCGGCCUCUGAACCACCUUCAUAUCCUCGACCUCCCACCGAACGAAGCAGAUCGGCCAACAAUCCACCCUCCUACCAUGUCACCGGCUCCGUGAUAGACACUGCGACCAUCGGCAACCAGCCUGCAGACGAUCGAACGUCCAGGCCGGCGCGAGCACCUCCACCUCCAAUCCCAUCCCCGAGGCCGGAACUGAAACCCAAGCCUAAAGUCCCUCCACCAUUGCCAACAAAGAGAGAGAGGGCGCCUCCCCCUCCUCCACCCUCUCGUGCAGAUCCGCCACCAUCAUAUGCAGAGUCUCGGCCUAGUCUACCACCCCGUAGGCCGACCGAGCAACACCGACGGCCUUCUCUGGAGUCGGUCAACUCCGACGCGUCACACUCCACCGCAAACACCACGGCGACAAGCGUCCGAGGCGCCUCGACAACCUCUGUGAACUCAACGGGUACAGCAAAUGGCAGAAUCAAAGCACCUGCCUGGGGCGAGACUGCGCUUCCUGCGCUGCCUCCGAAACGUCCAAAGGAGGAGAUCGACCUGAGACCACCUCCACGUUCCGAAUCCAAGUCGACCUCAACUCUCGGAGGCCUGUCCGGCGGCCUUACUGCCAAAUUCAAUUCCAUGCGAGGGAAAGCCCCGGCCCCUUCCUCGUCCUCUUCAUCCUCUCGCCCUAAUUUACCAUCUCGCCCCAGUCUACCCUCUCGGCCAAGUGAAUCUUCAACUCCCACCUUACCUUCACGUCCGCAGGCCAAUGGAAAUGCUCCUCCUCUCCCACAGUUACCACCACGACGACCUUCUGGCCUGGAGCCGCAAUCAAACGGAGGAAGUGAUACAGAGGAAUCAAGGCCGGCUCUUCCAGUUCGCCGACUACCUCCUAAGGCAUCUGCUUCAGACCUCAAUAAUAUUCGAAAGACCGGCUUUGGAGACCUCAAUAAAGCACCUGCGAUGCCUGGAAGACCCAGCAGUACGCCGACUAAUAACGGAACACCCCCGCCUAUUCCACAUGGCUCACGACCAGAUCUCUCAAAGAUCAUGGCAACAAAGCCACGAUUCGGUGCUUCAUCUCAGCCUGUUGCUCCGGUGGGAAUAUCAGACACUUGCUGCUUGGCCUGUCGAGAUUUUUCGGCCCCUGACGCACACGCUGAGCGGUAUCCGCGAGAAACACUUCCUUCACACGAUAUCGGUUGGCUGGCCAAUGAGCUGACUGCACCCUUUCCCUCCGCCACGGACAAAGCACGAGUCAUCUUCAAGUGGCUGCACCAUAAUCUCAUUUAUGAUACAUAUUCAUUCUUCAAUAAUUGUGUAAAGCCUUCCACUCCAAGCAGCACACUAGCUUCUGGUCUGGCUGUCUGUGAGGGAUUCGCCGGGCUCUUCGCUGCUCUAGCUACAAAGGCGGGGCUAGAAGCCGUUGUGGUAGGAGGCCAUGGUAAAGGUUACGGUCACAAAGAGCUCACGCCGGGAGCCGCCAUUCCACCUUUCGAUGCCGGUCACGCCUGGAAUGCAGUCAGAAUCGACGGGGGUCAAUGGAAACUGGUCGAUCCCUGCUGGGGUGGCGGUCAUAUCUGCGAGCCUUCGGGUGGAUUGUACAAGCAGGAAUUCCAUCCGCGACAGUUCACCAUGUCAAACGAUGAAUUUGGUCUCAAGCACUUCCCUUCGAACAAAGAGCAUUUCUUCCGAGAUGAUGGCCGGCCCGAGAUCGGUUGGGAAGAAUACAUGCGCACCAACCCGGACAAUCCUCUUGGUGGCUCUCCGAUUAAAUUCUACAGCUUCGCGGAUAAGAACGAUAUCGGUCAGUCGACUAUGCGCCCGGCUGAUGGCCGUCUUUCUGUUUACAACUUGGCUAGCCCGGUGCGUUUCCAGUUCGGAUUGGUCUGUGAGCAUUGGACGUUGGCGCAUCAUAGCCGGAUGGAACCCGCACUCUUCUUGCUGGCCAUAAAGGGUAUUGAUGGUCGCAAAGAGGAACGUCUUCCUUUCCAUUACGUGCCCGGGUCUGGACCCGGCGGUGGUGGGGCGUGCUGGUAUGUGGACGUUCCUGACGCGCGAAUGCUGGGUGCGCCUGGACAGAAGGUGAUUCUUCUGGUUUUGAUGACAUUCGGAGAUCGAACGGAUUGUCGCGGGGUUACAAGGGAUGAAUACCUUGCUAAGGAAGGCCGCGUGGGCAUGUCGUGGCAAUAUAUUUGCGAGUGGGAACUGGUGCGGUAA